CCACGGAAGAGGAACCCAGCUUGUUCCUGCUCUGUGGAUGGGAGUGUGAGACUGAGAGAGAAUCUGCUGUGGGUUGGGCGAGGAGGGUCAGCCUCCCCGAUCGAGGGGCCCGGCACGUGUCUAGUCGCUGGACUGAGAGGAGCUGAGGGCAGCGGGUCCUUGCCCUGGACCAGCCGUGUUGCCCUCCCCCUAAGCUUCCUGCCUCCUGACCUCUGGACCAUCUGACCUGACCCAGGACGGGACCAGGAAGCAGAGAGGCCCAGAGGAGCAGAAGUGAGGACUGGGAGGCACUCGUCUGAGGAGGUUCGAUUUUGUCCUGGCCCAGGGCCUGGCGCUGCUGCAGGUGACAUCCCUCCUGGGGAAAUGACCCCGAGGAGCAGGGCCGGGUGGCUGCCUUCAGCUCUGCUGCUGCUCCAGCUCCCAGGCUGUUUGUCCCUGAGCGGCCCCCGCAGAGUGACGGGCAUCGUGGGGGGAUCCCUGAGAGUGGAGUGUCGAUAUCGGGAGGAAUUCAUAAACAGUUCCAAAUUCUGGUGCAAAUCCCCAUGUGUGUUAUUGUGGAGGAUGGUGGAGACCACAGUGUCAGAGAAAGAAGUGAGGAGGGGCCGCGUGUCCAUCAGAGACCAUCCUGCACACCUCACCUUCACAGUGACCUUGGAGAGCCUCAGAGAAGAGGAUGCGGGAACGUACUGGUGUGGGAUUGAUGAUCCAUUUCAAACUGACAUCACCUUCCAGGUGGAGGUAUCUGUGAUCCCAGCCCCUGCUACAGCCACCGGCCCCGAGAGGUCCACAGGCUCCCCAGGCUCUCCCACGAGCCUGCCAGUGCCCACCUGGAGCACCGCAUCUGGUCAGGAGACCCCUGACCCUGGCCAACCUCCUCGGCCCCUGCUGGGCAGCGCCCACUUCCUGCUCCUGGUCUUCCUGAAGGUGCCCCUGCUCCUGGCCAUGCUCGGUGCUGUCCUCUGGUUCCACAGGCCUCUGAGGAGCUCUGCGGACCGGCGGAGGCAGUCCAUUUACGAGAACCAGUAGCCCCCAUGUUCAUCGCAUCCUCUUCAAUGAUGCAGUCUGCCGUAGGAUGGAAAUGACCUUCUGUCCAGCUGUCCUGUAUCACACUCCACCUCUCUCUCAGAACUUCUUUGUAACUUUUUUCCUAGAACAUGGUUCUAUACAUCCUAAAUAUAACCUACUCAAUAGGGUCUUCUGAACUGUAACUGCAGAACAACGUUGAGGACGUACCUUCUGGUUAACUCACAGAGCAUCGCUCAUGUACGGAUCUCUCGGGCACUCUCCCUGAAGUCUUCAUCCCCAGGAGUGUGCACGUCUUCCUUUGGAUCUGUUUUGAUGGAUCCGGGCAGUUCCAUGGUCUCCCCCACCAUCUGCGCUACCACAAUCCCUCACCUUCCACAGGGCUCGGAUCCACUGUGGGGAAUCUUCCAGUUGCUGAAUCUGUCUAAUUAAUUAUGCAUUCUGAAGCUCAGGAAAUACCAAUGCAGAAAAUUCAUGAGUCCUUUGGGCCCACUGAGACUGAGUUCUGAGUCAAAAUUCCAUUGUUCACAAACCUUCAUAAGCCUCUGCUCUGUCUAAUGGACCAAAGAGUCAUGUUGGGCUUCUCCAAUUGGUGUCAGUUCAGAACAGAACCCAGAGUUGCCUGAAAAAUUGGUUAUUCCCUCCUCAUGCCCAGUCAGACUGGUUAGUGUGUUCAGGUCCUUUGUGAUGGCUGGUAGAACAGUAAGAGUACUCAGUUUAUGCAGCAUAACGGAGUCCUUCCUUCCUCCUGUUCAAGAGUAACUGAAACCCUUUCCCACCCCAUCAUCCAAGGCCUGUGGUUUUAGACCUGGUUCAAGUCUGGAAAUAGAUUGAGGGGCCAUGAC